CUGACGUACCACGUGGUACCAGCAAGCCACAAGCUACAAUGCUUCGACUACGCGCCGCGAAUGGAUCAACCAUUCCUACCUACGGUACACAGCGACUCGCGGUCAACCUGGGCAAUUGACGACGGUAUCUGUGGACGUUCAUCAUUGCCGAUGUUCCCACAGCCAUACUAGAUAUUGAUUUCCUACAGCAAUAUGAAUUGCUAGUCGAUUCACGUAGGCUGCAGCCAAUUGAUACUUCGUCGAACAGUAAAUUCAUGGGCUGCUAAGCCCACACGAAUGCGUACCGAAUCCUAUGCACCUUUAUUCGCGUGACGAUAAAUUCCACGCUUUAUUCGAGAAAUUCCCCACAUUAACUAAGCCACUCGAAGAGAGUCCAUCGGUGACCAACCGUGUAGUACACCACAUAGUCACCCGUGGACCACCUUGUGAGGAUAAAGUGCGUGUAAUAAGAGAGUACAACGUGCCGUCCUCACUCAAGGAACUGAAGGCAUUUCUCGGGUUGGUUAACUUCUACCGACGUUUCAUCCCACACGCGGCAGAACGGUUACGACCAUCAACCGACUUACUUCGCGGUAAUCCACGCAAAUUAGAAUUGAACGAUACCGCACGUACCUCGUUUUCAGAGAUCAAAACGGCUCUGGCUCAAGUUACACUCCUCGCGCGUCCAAACCCAUCAGCCACGCUUAGCAUAGCGGUUGAUGCAUCGAAUUUUGCCAUGGGAGCCGUUAUGCAACAGAACAUCUCCGGAAGCUGGCAACCUCUGGAAUUUUUCUCACGACGCCUUACUCCCACAGAGACGAGAUAUAGCGCUUUUGGUCGCGAGCUGCUAGCAGCCUACUGCGCCAUCAAACAUUUCCGGCACGCAGUAGAAGGACGUCAAUUCAUCUUAUUCACCGACCACAAGCCCCUAGCCUAUGCCUUGAAUACCAAGCCUGACCGCUACUCACCACGUUGAGCCAAGAAACCGGAAGCGACCAUGACAACCAGGUUUGAGACCAUACGUAUGCCAAAUAUUCGAAACCAUAAUAUCGACUGAGUGCGUUGACAAGAGCGUGGGUGAUCAGGCCAGCUUUCGCCAAGGUUGACUGAAGUCGACGAUACCGAACGGGCGAUGGUCGGCGGCGUGGGCUCGGGAUAUAAAAGAACCAAAAAAGAGAAAAGUGUAGCAUGCAUGUAGUGUAGGAAUAGUCCUACACCGUAUCCGUUGUUGGUUGUACGGCUAGUCGCGAAAGCGUACUCGGCGAACAGAACGUGAGACGGUAGUCUCGUUCGUACCUGUUGAGCCUGCAAUCUCAUCUGAAGCCAAGGGCGGCGUGGUCUGCUGAUCUGGACAUGAGACUAAACUUUCGUCCGUAGAUGGUGCAGAUGACAUGUGCUGUUGACCGGGACGUGAGAAUGAGGCCUCUGAUGUAUCUAGCGUGGGACCUGAAGUAGAUGUAAGGAUCCCGCUAAUAGGUUUGAUGGGCCUAGCAUUGAGUCUCAAGUUACCGGGUAGGGCACUGUCAUCGACGUGUGCUGGUUUGAGACGAUCAAUGCUGACGAUCUCGACGCGGCCGCGUCGAUCAACCUUGAAUGUCUUUUCGUGACGAGCGAUCACGUGAAAAGGGCCUUCGUAAGGCUGUUGCAAAGGUUUGCGUACCGAAUCUACUCGUACAAAAACAUGUAAACAGGUAGAUAACUCUCAAGGGAGAGCGACCUGUCGAUGCUGUAUACGAGUUGACAACGGAGACAGUGUUCGCAUAAAUGCAGACAGUCGAUGGACGUUGUCUGAUUUAGCGAAAUUAGGUCUGCUCCGUGGUGUGGAGAAUUCUCCGGGCAGACGCAAUGUCAUGCCGUAUACAAGUUCAGCGGCGGAACAUUGGAUAUCUGCCUUUAAGCUCGUUCUGAUACCUAAGAGGACCAGCGGCAAGGUUUCGUACCAAUUGUCGUUUUCGUGUGCUCGCAGAGCACUUAUAAGUUGGCGGUGAAACCGUUAAACUAAACCAUUUGAAGCUGGGUGGUAGGUGGUAGUGCGUAUGCAUUCCGUACCAAGCAGCCGGGUCAGUAAUGAGAAUAAUGUGGACUCGAAUUGUUGCCCUCGGUCAGUCGUGAAAGUCCACUAGGUACCUAGCGUUUGUGCGGUGAUCGUGCACAUAGAAUAAACGGUCAACCUGGGGGAAGGGCCGGCGAGUACGACCGCUUAUACUCGCCGGCUUUGGAGUUUCCCGCCUUGUAUGAGCACGGGGCUCGACAAUGG